AUGAAGAAAGGAGACAUCCAACCAACUUUUGGAGUUGGCAGCUCCGGCGGUCGCAUCGGCUACGUACAAUACAAGCUGUACACAGGGAACCAAUCGGUUACCGGAUGUCUCUCGAGUCUACCCGGAACUCGAACCGACCCGGUACCCGGUCGGGUACUGCCGGCUCAUCGCUCAACUUCCGUCGGUACGCAGUCGCAGCCAAACCACCAACUCACCCGGCUGCCAGCAGCGGCAUCGGCUCCCGCCUCAUCCAACGGCAUCGCCUCAUUGAUUGGCAUCAACGGACGACUCCUCAUCCAUUGGCAUCGGCUCCUCGCAGGUCUACUCGCACGCUCCCCUCGUUUAUUAUCCAAUCUCGCCAACUCCUUCGACUUCCGGCGGUACGCAGUCGCAGCCAAACCACCAACUGGAACAAACUCGGUCUACUCGCAUCUACUCGCACGCUCCCCUCGUUUAUUAUCCAAUCUCGCCAGCUCCAUCGGUGACCGGGUCUAA